GACUUAGUAGUUUUUAGGGUUAACAGUGAGGUUCAAAUCUGGUUCGCUCGCUCUCUCUAUAUAUAUCUAUCUUGCAGGCAAGAAUCAUCCAUGGAGGAAGAUGAGAGCGAGAUCGGCGAAGCUGCGACGACAGAACACCUUGCAGCCGAAGGUGCCGUUGAAGUGGAAGAUGAGAGCGAGAUCGACGAAGCUGCAAUGACGGAACAUCCCCAAGGUACGGUUGAAGUGGAAGAGGAAGAGCAGAGCCAAAUAGACGAAGCGAGGAAGACGGACUAUCGUAAGCCGAUGCACAACCUUUGGCCAAGCUGCCCGAGAAGAGGAAAAGGUCCUGCUUGUGCUUGGCUACUGACAGUCAAAUAAGUGCAGUGAUGGAUCAUAUGAGGCUGUUGUUGAACAACUACGUAACCUCUACAUGUACGCGGUCGAUCCCCGUCUUCCGUUAGGAGGUUCAUGGGUUUGUUUGACAAAACUAUACGCCAACGAUUGGAGCGGUAAUUGCACGAAUGGUUACCGUAUGUCAUACACCGCAACUGGGAGUAUUAGAACAACCAAGAUGUCCGGCACCUUUUAGAUCCAAUAGCAGAUACAAUACCUAUCAGGAACCACAUCAAAACAUGGGAGGAAUGCCUCAAGUUCUCGAUGGAGCCUAAGUCUACAUCAAUCUUCAAGAUCUUGUCACCCAAAAGAAGAACGAGAUUGAUUCAUCCACUGGAUCCAAUUCCGCUGCUGACUACCUAUAAGAUACGUACAUUCCAUAUUACCUAUAGCUGCCAAAUCACACCGUGUGUGUAUAUAUACAUAUAUCAACUACAUAGCUAUAUGGCUGAGCCUCAAUUGUCCCACUGUUUUAACUACCAGCUAGCCUAUAACAGCUAAACAAUAUGUGCAUACAUAAUCUGGAUGAGUUCUUGUAUCAUCCAACAUAGUAAUAGCUUUUGGUUACUGCUAGCAACCAACCCACUCCAACCGAGUGUUUUCAGCAAGUCCUUUUGACUCGUGCU